AUGAAGUAUUGUAAGUUGCAACCCAAAGAGCCCAAGUCCAAUGUCAAUGUAAUCCCGAGCAAUCAUGCCGACAUCUGCAUUGACGAAGGCAUUGUACUCCAGAUAGUCCAGUGUCUAGAGAACUUUUACAACAGCUGUGGAGACAUAUCUCAUGCGCCUCUUGAAAAUGCCAGAGCAUUCCACGCCCUGGUCGAAGUGACCGUAGUGGUACGGAUUGAGCCUCGGGAGCUGUCCAUCAAGGUACCAAGCUGGGUGAUCAGUGCUGGUCGGACUGUAACGAUCCCGUACUUCAACGAGAUUUCCAGCGACCUUGAGACCUACUCCUGGGCUACCAAGACUGGGUACGACGUAGUGCGUGAUGGUCCCACGUUUCCGGAUUCUGCAGACCUGUACAAUGCCGACGCUGCUACGACGGCCAUUCGUACCUACCUCAGGAAGGAUGAUGAGAACGAGUGA